GCCUGGGCCCGGUGCCGGGCCCCCGCCCCCCGCCGGGCCUUAGUAGCAACAUCUCCCACUCCGGCGCUGAGGAUCACGCUGGAAAUCGCGGGAGCCGAGAGUGGUGAGCUCAAGAGGAGAUCCAAGUGGCACAACAAUGAUCAGAGACCUUACUGGGAGUGAACAGCCUCUGGCUGGAUAGGGGCCUUUGGGCUGGACUGUCUGGUGCCCCCAUGGAGGCGGGAGGCCCUGGAUCGAACAAUAUGAAGCCCCAGUCACUACAGCUGGUGCUGGAGGAGCAAGUACUGGCGCUACAGCAGCAGAUGGCAGAGAACCAAGCCACGUCCUGGCGGCAGCUGAAGAACUCCCAGGAGGCCCAGCAGAGGCAAGCAGCUCUCGUGAGGAAGCUGCAGGCCAAGGUGUUGCAAUACCGGACCUGGUACCAAGAGCUGGAGAAGCGGCUGGAAGCCUCUGGGGGACCGAUCUCUCAGAGAUGGGAAAGCAUGGAGGAGCCGAGUCUGGAGCAGCUGCUGGUCCGAUUGGAGGAGGAGCAACAGAGGUGUGAGAGUCUAGCAGAGGUGAACACCCAGCUUCGACUACACAUGGAAAAAGCUGACAUGGUGAAUAAAGCGCUUCGGGAAGAUGUGGAAAAACUGACAGUGGACUGGAGCCGAGCCCGGGAUGAGCUAAUGAGGAAGGAGAGCCAGUGGCAGAUGGAGCAGGAGUUCUUCAAGGGCUACCUGAAAGGGGAGCACGGUCGCCUUCUUGGUCUGUGGCGGGAGGUGGUGACCUUCCGACGCCACUUCCUGGAAAUGAAGUCAGCCACUGACAGAGAUCUGACGGAGCUCAAGGCUGAGCAUGUGAGGCUUUCAGGGUCCCUGUUGACCUAUUGUCUGCGCUUGACUGUGGGUGCCCGGUCUCGAGAACCUGGUGCAUCUGGGAGACUGGAUGGGAGUGAGCCAACCCAGCUGCUGCUUCUACUAACCAAGACCCAGGAGCUGGAAAAGGAAGCCCAUGAAAGGAGCCAGGAGUUAAUACAGCUGAAGAGUCAAGGGGAUCUGGAGAAGGCUGGGCUACAGGAUCG